CUUCUUGAUUUUGACAGAUCUGCUCCUCCUCCUUCAGUGAAGCUCCUCCCACUGCAAUUCUCCAAUAAAUGCUGGAAUAUUCCCAUCAGCUACAAGUGAAGACGAGCAUCAAACCAUCAGGAAGAGCUGAUAUCUGCAAACACAGAGUUCAUUGAUGGACGGUGAGAACAUGAGAGAAGAACAAAGAGAUGUAAUGCUGAAGAAUGAGGAGAGUGAAGAGGAGAAACAUCAUCAUGUCAGAACUGGAGAAAAAACUCACUUACAGACUGAAAAUAUUUCUUUACUGAAAAGAAAAGACAAUAAAUGUUUCACUUGCAGUCAGUGUGAAAAGAGUUUCACACACACAAAGACUUUAUUGGUUCACAUGAGGAUUCACACUGGAGAGAAACUGCAUAAAUGUGAUCAAUGUGGCAAAACAUUUUUGUGUGCUUCAGCCCUGAAGAUCCACCUCACAGUUCAUUCACAGGAGAAACCACAUUCAUGUUCUUUGUGUGGAAAGAGUUUUUCACGUCUGCCGAAUUUAAAAGUUCAUCAGAAAAGACAUGCUGGUGAAAAAGUUAAUGUGUGCUCUGAAUGUGGGAAGAGAUUUGUUACAACUUCAUGUUUGAAACGGCACCAGAGGAUCCACACUGGAGAGAAACCUUACAAGUGUUCACACUGCGACAAGAGAUUCAAAGAUUCAGGAUCCCUGAAAACACACGAGAGGAUCCACACUGGAGAGAAACCGUAUCACUGCACUGCAUGUGGGAAGAGUUUCACUCAAUUAACUGCUCUACACAGGCAUACAAAAAACUAUCACUGCCUGAUCCUGGAGAAUAAGGAGAGUGAAGAGGAGGAGAAACAUCAUGUCAAAACUGGAGAAAAAACUCCCUCACAGACUGAAAGCAUUUCUUUACUGAAAAGAAGAGACAAGAAAUGUUUCACCUGCCGUCAGUGUGGAAAGAGUUUCACAUGGAAACCGAGUCUCGAGAUUCACACGAGGAUCCACACUGGAGAGAAACCGUUCACAUGUGAUCAGUGUGGGAUGAGUUUUACACAACAAGGGACACUUAAGGAACACAUUAAAAUCCACACUGGAGAGAAACUCCAUCAAUGUGACCAAUGUGGCAAAACAUUUUUGAGGGCUUCAGGCCUGAAGAUCCACCUGACAGUCCAUUCACAGGAGAAGCCACAUUCAUGUUCUUUGUGUGGAAAGAGUUUUUCACUUCUGCACUGUUUAAAACUACAUCACAAAAUACAUACUGGUGAAAAAACGUAUGUGUGCUUUGAGUGUGGGAAGAGUUUUGUUAGAGCUGGACAUUUGAAACUGCACCAGAGGACUCACACUGGAGAGAAACCUUACAAGUGUUCACACUGCGACAAGAGAUUCAAUCAGUCAGGAACCUUGAAAUCACACGAGAGGAUCCACACUGGAGAGAAACCGUAUCACUGCACUGCAUGUGGGAAGAGUUUCAGCCAAUCAUCUGCUCUACACAGUCAUAUAAAAAACAAUCACAGUAAUUAGUUCAUCUUCAGAUC